AGCAGAGCAGGAGGAGCGUCGCUGUCAUGUUGUGUCGCAAGGGGCGUGGCUUAAGUGACAUCACCUGUCGCAGGUAAACUAAACUGCGACACAAAGCGCUGGAAGAGGCGGAAGUCACCAGCUGUUUGAGGUUCGGUUCGGCUUCUUACAGCUUACACCAGGAUUAGAGGAAAAUCAAUCCUCAGGCAGAUUUUCACAAUGUUCACUCCAAAGUUCCUCCUGCUCUGCUUGCUGGUCCGGCUCGGACGGCUUCAGACCUGUGACUGGGACCAGUCCACCGAUCCGAACCAGGGCCUCGACCCGGACUCCCUCGCAGCCGGGGCGCGCUACCUGGGCCAGAUCCACGAGGUGCCGAACCCGGAGAGCUGCCAGACCGCCUGCUGCGAAGAGGCGGGCUGCGACCUGGCUGUGGUCGGGCGGCCGGCGGACGGAGGGAUGCAGUGCAUGCUGGUGAGCUGCGGCCCGGCCGGCUGCUCGCUGCAGCAGAGCUCCCAGUUCCAGGUGUUCCGGAAGAAGCAGCAGAGAGAGGCCGACCAGGAAGCCCCCACAGGCGGCAACAGCCUGCGCGUCGUCCCGCUGCUGGAGGCCGAAGAGCCGCGGAGCAACAACAGCGAUAUUUGCCGUCAGCCUCAGAGGACGGGUCCAUGUCGCGGCGCCUUCCCCAGGUUCUUCUACAACGUGACGAGCCAGACCUGCACCAGCUUCAUCUACGGCGGCUGCCAGAACAACGACAACAACUUCCAGACCCAGGAAGAGUGCGACAACACCUGCAGCGGCGUCACCGGUUCAGUUCUGCUUGACGAAGUCCCAACUUCUGCUCCAGAGUCGGCUCCCAAAGCUCCUCGGAUGGCCCCUCUACUCAAGUCCGAAAUGUCAGCUGAUCAGUUCGCAGAGCUGUGUGAAGCGGAGUAUGAUGUGGGUCCAUGCAGAGCUUACUAUAAGCACUGGUACUACAACAAAGAGACGGGCAUCUGUCAGACCUUCAUCUACGGCGGCUGCGUAGGAAACAAGAACAAUUACGAGAACGAGGACAGUUGCAAGUCCACCUGUGUAGGAGUCUCUGUCCUGCCUUCCUCCAAGAAGGUCCCAGAAGACAACACAGAUCAUUGCAGUUUGAGUCCUCAGACUGGAAUGUGCCGCGGCGCCUUCCCCAUGUUCUACUACGACUUUGCCUCCGACUCCUGCAAGUCCUUCACCUACGGCGGUUGUGGUGGGAACGCCAACAAGUUCGAUUCUGAGGAGGACUGCAUGUCUGUGUGUGGCGGUGCAGGUGCAGGUCAGUUCGAUGGUCAUGAUGGAACCAGAAGCAGAUGGACUGCAGCCUUCUUCCUCGUCGUCACUCUGGCAAUAAUCUCCGCCCUGCUGCUCACCACGCUCGUCAUCAUGACUGUGAGACGCCGCCAGCAGUCCCGCCGCUACUCCUCCAUCAGCGACAAGCUGGGGCUAAUCACAGGCGAGAUGUCGUCUCAGGACUCGCUGAGCAUCCCGGAGAGCCCCAAACCAGAACCAAAGGCCUGAGGGGUCCGCCGGGGCUCCGACUCAGAACUGAUCCGCUCUCUCUUCUUACAGGGAUUCAUCAGGGUGACGAGAAUGUGAUCCAAGGUUGGAUCAGUUAUCUUACAAUCUGUUAAUUAGCAUCAGUUAUUGACGACCAAAGGGGCGGAGCUUCAGUUCUAAGGCGGAGCUCACAGCGUCGAUAAAAUGUUUUCUUCUCCUUGCAGCACAAGAGCUCUGGCUGAUUUGUCAUCGAUCACCUCUAUUGAUCACCACUUACUGAUCACCUCAUUAAAGGAGCCAUUUGAUUCGCAGAGACCCUCCAGGUUCAAAGUUCAACCCAAAUUACAGCUGGUCCUGUCCUCAGGGACCGGGCUCCAGUCCAGGUCUCCUGAGUAAAACCGAUUCAAUCCUGAUUUUAAAUUUCCAGACACGGAUCAGCUCCUGGUUUCUUGUCAGAAACAAAGUAAUUGAUUAUUACUGAUCAUCAAUUGGGAAUGAUUCAGACACGUGAUUAUUGGCUUUUCUUUCAAAGAGAAACAUUUAAACUUCCUGUCUGCAGUCGAACCAGAAACCUCUCUGAUGAUCUGUGGUUCUGGGUCGUUCUGCCCGUAUUGAUCAUUUCUCUGAUCAAUACAGGCAGAAGUUCUGGUUCUGAACUUCGUCUCCUGUGAAGCUCUGAGUGUUUCUCCAGAUGUCGACACCAAUCAGAUUCUAGCAUCACUUCAGGUCCCGACACAAAGUCCAGAAACAGCCAGAACUUCACAGGAGGCGAUCAGAACCACCAGAACCUGCAGAGUUUCUGAUUACUGAUGGAUCAAUACAUCAGAUCAGCACCUCGUCACGUGCUGUUUGGACUGUACUGGUUCUGUUUCCUGGCUCCGCCCAGAGCAGAGCCUCUGAUUGGCCGUCAGCAGGAUACUGUUCCUUUAAGGUUGAUGUGAUUAUUGAUCAGUGAGCUGAUCAGCUGACAGAUCGGAGCUCAGGCGGUUUUAAUUAAAUGUUAAAAUUUAACUUUUAUGUUUUUCUUUUAUGUUAUUAAAUCAAUUAUUCAAGGAAUCGUUUUGAUCAUUUUCACUUAAUCAAUUAUUGUUAAUUUAUCAGUGGGGUUACAAUAAUUAAGUAUUGGUGAAUGUUUUCAGUUAUAAACAUUAAUGAGUUUUUAAUAGCAGUUGUGUAUGUGGGUUAUUGAUUAUGGUAAUCAGAUGUGCAUUGAUGGAUCAGGAAGUGACAGAAUCAGCCUGCAGGAGGAAAUUCAUGCCUCUAAAUUAUUACUGUUACUGCUAAACUCCAUUUCCCAUGAUGCACCUGCAGUCUAGUUCCCUCUGCAGGCUGAGAUCUGAAUGGCUUCUGUAAGUUUUAUUGAUCAGGGAAUCUGUCAAGUCUACUAUUGGAAUUAUUUUAAGUUUUAUUUCUUUUUAAAGUUUCACUGUGAUCAAUAAUCUGAUCACUAAUCUAUUGAUCUCAGCAGGGUCGUUCUGAGUUUGAGCUACUUUUAAAUACCUCUUUUUAAGCAAUUAGCUACCGAUCAGGUUACUGAUCGGCUAAUUUGUAAUCAUUCUGUUGUGAUCAAUAUUCUGAAAAGCGGAUCACUCUCCACAGAAACAAUAAAUAAAAUUUACCCAAUUCCGUCUGAA